AUGAGUAGUAGCAAAACUUGGAGAGAAAGACCGGGAUCAAGUUCCGGAAAUGCUGUAUACAAACCGAACGUGCGAUCAGUGCAAAAUACCACGCAGUCCCCUGUAAUUGACGACUGGAACAAGACACAUUCAAAGUCUGGAACUGUGUCGCUAAUCUCCAGAGGAAAUCCUACAAAUUUGAAGAAUCGGUCUGAGCAAAUCAAACUGUUCGAUUCUCUUAUUGCUAGACCAGAGGAAUUUGACAAGGAGGCUCUAUUGUUUUCUUAUCGCGGACUAAGGGAGGGAAUCGUGGCCUCUGGCACUUUUGAUGAUUUUGCUGUGAAGAUCUACGAAUCCAGUGUGGAUGCUGCUAUUAAAUAUAUCGCUGUGGCAGAAGCUAGACCAGAGCUGAUUAGGUCUUUGAACUUUCUCACCUCCACUUGUUACGCGGAGGCAUCUGCCAACAAGUACGAGCCGCCGAAUCGAGCACGAUUCACUAGCUACUUUAUCCUCCACGUCAUUGCAACUGAAGUGGUGUCAAGCAACACCGCCUGGGACUCUGAGUUUUGGAAGCUGUCGCAACUGAUUCACAGCCUUCCAAAUGAUGUGGUCUCGGCCAAAGAAAUGCAGUUAGCAAUGACAAUAUGGAAGUCGAUACGGUUCGAUGUUGACUACUUGAGUCUGUCGCGGGCUGUAGCUCAUGCGUCUGCCAGCCACAUGGUGUUUAUACAAGAAAUGAUGGGUCCUUUGAGGAAGAGAAUUGUGCAGAUUCUUAAAAAGGGAUAUUACAAACUUGACAAGGACAUUGUGUCAAGUUACUUAAUGUUUGGAGAUGAUGAUGACUUGUUACUCUCGCAAGUGCUGCACGAGUCGGGUAUCGUCAUAGAUGAGAAAAACGCGACUACUGGUCUAGCAUUCGCUUCCUUUGCGAUUCUGCAUAUGGGUGGUCACGCUCUAGCUCAUUUCAAUAUCGAUUUGGCCAACCAUGCACUCCAGACCUCUCAAAAAUACUAUCGAAUUCCCGCUAUUGAAAUUGGUGCCGUAUUUGGAUCACUCGCUGUGCAUGCUGUAUCGUCAAUUGCAAGAUGGUGGAUUCGAAAACCAGCUGUCAAGAGUAACAACACUCCUUACGCUGUCAAGGAACGUAACUGGCAUCAAACUUUGGGCUGGAUUUUGCUUCCAAUGGUUGCUCUCCAUGCCAACAGCUCGAGACUCGAACCAAUAUCCAUCUUGGGCAAAGAAGCUGCCGAUAAAAUUUCCGAUUACUCAAUUGUUGGGAUUGCUGGCGUUGCACUGCCUCCGUUCACAGUAUAUUUCAGUAUAAUGAUGGCUGCUGGACUGAUUCACACGGCUUACGGAACUGGUUAUGCAUUGCAAACCCUUGGUAUCAAGAUGCCAACAGCUCCUAAAAUAUCUAGAGAGGCGUGGUUUUACGGAUUAAGUGCUCUUGGUGUCUCCUCGUCGCUAGCAGUUUGUGGUUGGUAUUAUACCAUGACAUUCACGCCAGCUCAAAUCCAUAUGGCUGCCAAACUACAUGAACAUCAGGGCUUCUUCCAAGAUGCCAUAGCCAAGACCUUUGGAGCUCAAUACUCUCUGAAACAUUAG